AUGGGUAGUGCUUCAUCCGAGUCACAGGAACCCAGUGUCUGUGUUUUGAGUUCAGUAUCCAUUCCUGACUCAACUGAGCCCUGGCUUGUUGAGCUCCCCAUCAAUGGCCAGUCGGUAUUAUUCAAGCUGGACUCUGGCGCAGACUGCGCACUCCUGUCACUGCCUUCCUACAAUAGCCUCAGUCCUCAACCUAAGCUCACGCCAAUCUCCACUAAGGUCACUGGACCUGACGGCCAACCUCUACCCAUACACGGCGCAUUUGUUGCUGCCAGCUCCUGGAAGGACCGCAACGUCACGUUCCGUGUUAUUGUGGUCGAUGGCCCCAGCAACCUCCUGAGCCGCAGUGUGUGCCAGGACCUGCACCUCCUGUCUUGCGAUGUAUCCGAGGCAUCCGCAAGCCCUCCGUCCGCUCCCCCGGUCAUUGGUCGCAUGUCCGGUCCUGCAGCUACCAUCGAGCUGCAAGACAAUGCCCAACCAUAUCACUGCCAGACCGCACGACGAGUUCCCAUCCACCUGCAAGCCAAGGUCAAGGCCGAACUUGACCGGAUGGUCCAGAUGGGAGUCAUCUCUCCAGUCACGGAUCCGACCGACUGGUGCGCGCCCAUGGUGCCCAUGCUCAAGAAGAAUGGCUCCGUCCGCAUCUGCGUGGAUCUCAAACGCCUGAACCAGUCCGUGAAGCGUUCACACUUCACUCUGCCGACCAUCGAAGACACACUGGGUAAGCUGUCCGGCGCCAAGGUCUUCUCGUCGCUUGACACGGCGUCUGGGUUCUGGCUAGUGCCACUUGCUGACGACAGUGCGUCACUCACUACCUUCAUGACACCGUUUGGCCGGUUUCACUUCAACCGUCUACCCUUUGGUAUCACCAGUGCGCCAGAGGUUUUCCAGCGUCGCCUACUGGAAAUCGUUGGGCACAUUCCCAACGUGGUCGUUUUCAUGGAUGACAUCCUCGUGUUCGGUGCCACUCUAGCUGAGCACGAUGCUGCCCUCAUUGCUGUCCACGCAGCUCUCGCUUCUUCAGGCGUACUCCUCAACCCCGCCAAGAGUCGCCUCCGUAUGAAGUCUCUGACGUUCCUGGGUCACCUCAUCGGUGCUGACGGUGUCCGCCCAGACCCAGCCAAGGUGUCUGCCGUCCAAGCUCUGAAGUCACCGACCAACGUGCCUGAGUUACGCCGUGCUCUGGGCAUGUUCACGUUCCUGUCGAAGUUUGUGCCAGGUAUGGCCAAUGUCAGUGCCCCGCUCCGUGCUCUCGUGAAGGCCGACACCGCCUGGCAGUGGGACACCCAGCAAGAAACUGCCUUCUGUCGCCUCAAGGAACUCGCUACUACUGCUCCCUGCUUGGCACUGUUCUCGCCCGACCAGCCCGUCCGUAUUAGUGCUGAUGCCAGUAGCUACAGACUGGGUGCUGUCCUCCUGCAGCCUGAUGGCUCCCGCUGGCGCCCUGUUGCCUAUGCGUCCCGCUCUCUAUCUCCUACUGAGCAGCGCUAUGCCCAGAUUGAGAAAGAGUGUCUCGCCAUCGUUUGGGCAUGCGAGCAUUUCCAUCACUACAUCUACGGCGGUCCUCAGUUCACAGUCGAGACUGACCACAAGCCUCUCAUGCCUCUCAUCAACUCCGCCGAUCUCGCCCGCUCUCCAUUGCGAUGCCAGAGACUCCUGAUGCGGCUGAUGAGGUGCAACCCAACCGCUAUCCACGUGCCUGGCAAAUCACUCGUCAUUGCUGACACCCUAUCCCGUGCUCCGCAAGAGUCCUCGCCUACUAGUGAUCUUGCUGAUGAAGUACAGCUGCAUGUGUCUGCCGUCACAUCGCAUUGCUCCACCGACCCGCUCUUGGUCGACUUUCGGAACGCGACCAACGUUGAUGCCGACAUGUGUCGCCUCCGUGCCCUCAUCCUCAAGGGGUGGCCAGCCAAGCCCACCUCGGUCCCCGCUAGCCUCCGCCCGUACUUUGCUGUUCGCGAUGAGCUCUCAACUGCUGAUGGUCUCAUAUUCCGUGGCCAACGUGUCAUCAUCCCUGCAUCCCAGCGCAACGCCGCCCUUGCCAGUGCUCACGAGGGUCACCAAGGCGUUGGUAAGUGUCGUGCUCAUGCGCGUGCUGUGAUGUGGUGGCCUGGUAUGUCUACGGACAUUGAGUCGUAUGUGAUGUCUUGUGCCACCUGUGCCAAGGCCCGUCCUAACCCAGCCGAGCCGCUCAUCUCGUCCGAGUUCCCACCUCUUCCAUGGUCAAAGAUCGCGUGUGAUCUGUGUGCAGCCAAAGGAUCCACUUACCUAGUUGUUGUCGACUAUUUCUCGCGCUACAUCGAAGUCAAACAACUUACCACUACUACGUCUGCCGCUGUGAUCGCCUCUCUCCACUCCGUGUUUUCUACCCAUGGUAUUCCACACACGCUAGUCUCGGACAACGGUCCACAAUUUGCUAGUGCCAGCUUCCGUGCAUUUGCUGCCGAGCUUGGGUUUGCCCAUCGCACAUCAAGUCCUCGCUUCGCCCAAAGCAACGGCGCUGCAGAACGUGCCGUUCAGACAGCCAAGCUGCUCAUCCUCAAGAACGAUUACUUGCCUUCCACUCUCUUGGCCUACCGGUCUACGCCAUUGGCCAACGGUUAUUCACCGUCACAGCUGUUGUUUGGCCGCCAAAUCCGCUCCAGGCUACCAGGACCCCUCCCUGCUCCAGCCUGGCCCGAUUUGACCGCCCUUGCCGACAAGGAAGCAUCUUCCAGGUCUCGGCAGGCUGAUCGCUACAAUGAACGCCACCGUGCUCGACUGCUGCCUGUUCUCGCCCCUGGUGCUCCUGUGUAUGUCUCCGAUAUGGACAAAACUGGACACGUCCAGAACCGCCUGUCCGAACGUUCCUACACGAUCAACCUCACUCCUGGGUCAUCUGUCCACCGAAAUCGUCGCCACGUGCGUGCGUUGCCAUCCACGUCAGCCAAACGCCCUGAUCCCUCCCGCUCACCCUCCUCCAUUGAGCCCAUGUAUGAGGUUGAGUAUGGUGUUCCUGCUCCUGUGCAUGUUGCCCUGCAACCACCAGCGAACUCUACUCUGCCGCCUCUUCUGCCUGUGCCGCAGUCUCCUCGAGUUGCUAAGCCUCUGCCACCCGGUCGCAGACCACCAUCCAGCCGUGUUCGCCAUGCGCCGCAACGCUAUGCUGCCAAUACCUGA